GUUACUCGGCUAUAUAUAUACAUGCCAGUUGUAGGCGGGGAUUGUAGUUCAAACCGUCCGUCGAUGCAUUGCGGCUUGCAUUUUUGUUAGUUAGCUUUUGUGCUCCAACGGCCCGAAACUAUUCGAAGAAUUAAUCAUGGCUGGUGGAAAGGCGGGUAAAGACUCCGGAAAGACCAAGACGAAGGCGAUUUCGCGCUCUCAGCGAGCCGGAUUGCAGUUCCCAGUGGGACGUAUCCACAGACACCUCAAGUCCCGGACCACCAGUCACGGCAGGGUUGGGGCCACUGCAGCCGUGUACAGCGCGGCUAUCCUUGAAUACCUCACUGCCGAGGUUCUGGAGCUGGCUGGAAAUGCCUCCAAAGAUCUGAAAGUGAAGCGUAUCACUCCACGCCACUUGCAGCUGGCCAUCCGAGGGGACGAGGAGCUGGAUUCCCUUAUUAAGGCUACCAUCGCCGGCGGAGGUGUGAUCCCGCACAUUCACAAAUCCCUGAUCGGAAAGAAGGGCCAGCAGAAGACCGUAUAACGGGGAGCGUCUGGAAGUUGCGCCAUCUCAGGACGACGUCUGCAUCGCCGUUUUUUUUCCCCAUUGUCUUAGCGUAGAACACCUGUAGGAGUCCGAUUGGGUCGAGCUUGCAUCUACUCACCUGGGGGUAUUUUUUUAAAAAGUGGCUUCAAAGAAGCUCUUUUUGUUUCGUUGUUUUUCCUGGUGCUGCAGUUCUUAUUCGUUUGCUUUAUGUGGCAUUCCUGUGUUCAAGUGGUGGUUUAAUAAAGCUCUUAUGGGGCUCGUGUGUCGGUCUUUUUCAUAAAAA